ACCAUUCCGCUCCGCCCACAUUAUUCACCAACGCCACCGCUCACAAACCUGCACAUACCACUCCAUCCCAUCCAUCCUUGCACCAGAAAACCACGCGCCUCAUCGGUCGACAUCCAUGGCGAGGGCGACGACCCUGGUACUCGUGGCGGCGCUCGCCGUCCUCCUCAUCCUGCCCUCCGGCCCCGCUCGGGCCGCAGCCGCCCGGACCGCGCCGGCGGACGUAGCCGCAGCCACCACCAAGGCAUCUGCCAACGAGAAGGUUGCGGCGGCUGAAGACCACGAGUGCGAGACGGUUGCCGGCGAGCAGCAGCGGGAGGACUGCCUGGCGAGGAGGACGCUCGCCGCGCACACAGACUACAUCUACACCCAGGACAACGGACACAACUAGGAGUAGCCUGCAUACAUACAUGUAACAUGCGUCCAUGUUAUGAUGCAUGCAUGGCGCAUGUAUGUAUUGCUGGCACUGCCUCUUAGCUAGGCUUAAUUUCGGCGUCUCAUAAAAAAGGAAUGAAGUUAUGCCAUAAUUAAAGUUGCUUAAUUUCUUGCUCCAUAUAAAAACGGCUGUAUAUACAUGGAUAUGCCUCGAUUGCUCGAGGUGGAUUGAUUUGUGCGCUCUAGCUGCCUCGUUUCUUUUU